AAGACGAAAGAUGAUGAAAACCAAACUAUUGGCAAUAAACAAACCUAGACGGGGGAGUCCUUGGAGCAAGACUCAAGCAGAAAGACUGGACUGUUCAGGGCCUUUCUGUUGGAGGACUCCAAGGAAUUGUCUAAAUGACAUCUAAAUCCACUUUCUUAAUUCACAACAUACCCCACCUCUGCCCAGUCAGCUGGGAUAGGCUCCAGCUCACCCAAAUGACGCAAAUGAGGACAAGCGCAAGAGACAAUGGAUGGACAGAUGUGUUUAUGCGAGGUUUCAGAAAAAAAAACAUAUCAUUCUAUCCAUUUUUUCAUUUUCUAUAACGUUUGUCUUCAUUAGGGUCACAGUCCAGCGGGAGCCUAUCCCAGAAAAUAACACUAAAUUUAAUAAUAAUAUAAUAUUACUGUAAUAAUACAAGUUCCAUUUUUGUCAUCAAGUCCUGGUCCAUCAUGUCCACCGAUGUAAAAUGAGACAAAAAGGGGUAAUUGCUAUGAAAACUGAUCUGUUUAUGUCGACAUGCAAUAUUAUUACAGUAACUUCCUGUUCAGUGAAAAAUUCAUUUUUUUAGCUCGUGAGCCAGCAAAAGAAUGUUUGUCAUUGUCAAGCUCUGUCAAGCUCAUUGUCAUAGUCAAGCUCUCAGAGCAGCUUUGUUAAAUAAGAUCAAAUAUUGUAAAGUGGGCAGAAUGACCAUGAGGCAGGAUGACACAAUUCGCAAAUCAGCCUUUUAUUGGCGUCUAAACCUUACUGCAAGACGCAUUUCACGUUUUAAUGCGGCCAACGUGGCUAGCCAACUCUUCUUCUCUUUUGGACAGGCUCUAACUAGCAGGCACACGCCACUGCCCCCUAUAGCGCAACCCCUGAAUCACAGCUCAAAACCCUAGCCAAUACUACAAUACCAUAUGAAAACACACGAAUACAAAUAAAAAAACUGUGGAGGAAACAAACCGUACUGUACAUUGAAAAAGCCUUAUAUGACCCAUAAUAAUAUAAAUAUAAUAUAACCACGUCUCUUUCUCUCUGUCUGUGUGUGCGUGUAUGUGCGUGUGUGUGUGUGUGUGUGGCCCCACUUUGACCCUUCAAUAUCCUGCUGCUCCAAAAGACAAAAACAAGUCUUCCAAUUUAGAGAUGAAAGUGGUCCUCAUCACUUUUUUCCCCUUUGGUAAGCACCUGUGCGGACUGACUCACGUGCCAACGAUGGAGGGGGUGGGGGUGAAAUGAGGGGGCAAGGGAUCAACAAAUAAAUAGCACCCUCCACCGCACGCGCCAAACAAACAUGACAUCUCGCCAGCCCCCCACCGCGUCCGACGCACCCUGCUUUGACAUGUGGCGCGACUACAUGAACCUGGGUGGUCUGCUGAAGAAGAUCCGCAGCGGAGGCCUGAUGGAAGCUGAGGGUCCCUGCCAGCCGCCCGAGGGGCCCCAAUGCUGCGGGGACUCCGUGGAGAGCAACUCGGUGAGCAGCCGCUCGGACACCAGCCUCACCGGGGGGCCGUCGGAGUUUUGUCCCUUCUGCAAGCGGAACGGAGAGACCCCCGACGUCUACCGCUCCCAUAAGCUGAAGGCAGACGACGGCAAGGUGGUGUGCCCCGUCCUGUGGAAGUACACCUGUCCAGUGUGUGACGCUACAGGAGACCACGCCCACACACGCCGCUACUGCCAGCUGGCUCGGCGCCUGGAGGUGACCAGGACGAUGCAAGGUCCCAAGUUCUGGUAGAUGUUUCAUGGUGUUUCAUGAUGUUUCAUGAGCUUGUACAGCCUCUGCUGUGGUUCUACGUCUGAUUGUCAUUCCAGUUAUGUUUUCACCGGCAUGCAACAUGACAAUAAAGAUGACUAUUUUUGUUGAUUCUUUUUAUCCCUCAAUGCA